GACGGCCAGAUUGUCUCGUGCGGCUCCGAGUCCGAGAAUGCUUCGCGAAGCGACCAGUGCCCGUCCACUGACUGGGAGUACAUGAUGGACAACCGAGCUCAGCAGUGUCAGUCCAUGCCCGAUCCUUCUCAGGGACCUGGCGUUGUGAUGAUGCUGGCCCUCCAGCCCAUGCUUGGUGGAGUCCUGGGCCAGCCUGGGCAUCAUGGCCCCUUUGUGCCCGCUCCAAUGGGGUCGCCACACGUCUCCGAUGCUUCGUCAACACCACCGCCGCCAUUGACUUCACCCAAGGUUCCCAGCAUGCCAGCUUCUUCGAGCACGCCAGGUGCUGGGCUCAUGGUGCCGAUGCCAAUGAACCACGGAUUUGCUGCCGGUGCCUCUACACA